AGUAGAAAAGAAAAGGCGUAAAGAAAAUGGCUGCUGCCUUGUGAAUUAGAGUGGGUUGUAUUCGUACAGUUAGUGUGGUUUCAUUUCUCAUUUAAUUUCUUUGCCGAGCAUUCAUUUCAAUCGUUAGCACACAGGAACCAAAAUGAACGCCUCAAAGUCAAGUAGGAACUCAUGAGGUCUGAGUGGUGUGGAGCUAGAGCUUGCAUUUAAAAAACAAAAGUACCAACCUUCUGCUCCACCGCCAGUUUGCAUUACCGUAAAAUUCCGAUUCGAAGAUAAUCAGACUGUAUUUUGCUAAGCUUCCAUGAUACACCUGAUGUUCAUUUGUUGAAUAUCAUGUCAACCAUCACCAGCUGCUGUGUUCUCGCAAGGAAACUUACUGCUUUAUAAACGUAUCAUCAGUCUGUGGGAAAAAGAAGGUCUUCCCCAUUUGUGACCGACGCCGAAAAGGCCCAGCAGAAGAUGCCGAACUGGUAUUACAGCAAGAAGGCGCUUCGGAAGACGCCCUCUUACCUCGAUGGCAUCUCCGUCGAGAAGGAGCAGAGAUACCGGCGGGAAGGCGCGCGGUUCAUCAUCAACGUCGGCACCAAGAUGGGACUACGCUACGACACCAUGGCUACCGGCGUGGUGUAUUUCCACCGCUUCUACAUGUUUCAUUCCUUCAAGACAUUCCCCAGAUUUAUCACGGCCUGCUGCUGCCUCUUCCUGGCGGGCAAGGUGGAGGAGACACCCAAGAAGUGCAAGGACAUCAUCAAGACGGCACGCUCGUUCCUCACCGACAAGCAGUACCUGUCCUUUGGAGAAGACCCUAAGGAAGAAGUCAUGACCAUGGAGCGAAUUUUGCUACAGACAAUAAAGUUUGACCUCCAGGUCAGUCAUCCCUACGGGUUUCUUCUCAAGUACGCCAAGUGCCUCAAAGGUGACAAGUCAAAGCUUCAGAAGAUGGUGCAGAUGGCCUGGACAUUCAUCAAUGACAGUCUUUGCACGACGCUGUGCCUUCAGUGGGAGCCCGAGGUGGUCGCCAUCGCACUCAUCUACCUGGCGGGCAAGCUGUCCAAGUUCGAGGUCAGCGACUGGGUUGGGCGCACCUCGCGGCACCAGCGCUGGUGGGAGGUCUACGUCGAGGACAUCACCGUCGAGCUGCUCGAAGACAUCUGCCACCAGGUGCUGGACCUGUACUCAACGCCCAUCCCCAACACGCCGCAGGACUCUCCGCCGGACUCGCCCGUGCUGCCCGUCAAGUCCGGCAAGCGCUCGCUGCCCGUGAGUGGACCCCGUACACCCCACCCCCUUUCACACGUCGGAUCUUCCCCACCCAAGUCUCCUGCCGUGGUGCCACCUAGCCAGCAGCCAGCUCCGCAGCUUCAGCAGGCACCGCCAGACCUGGCGGUGGCAGCACCCGUCACAGUGGCGGUGCCGUCGACGUCGUCCGCACCGCCACCACCCGUCGUGCCCCCCAUGGCAGGUAUGCCCAUUCCCACCAUCGACAGCUGCACCAGCAAGCCCAUGACCGUGGACGUCGGGCAGCCACCCCCCAUGCACCACGAGCUGCCGCCCCCCAUGGGCGACAGUCUGCCGCCCCCCGAGGCAGCCUACAGGGGCGGCUACCCGCCGCCGGCACCGAUGCCUCACAACUACAGCAUCCCGCCCCCGCCUCCGCCGCUGCCGCCGACGAACCAUCCGCCACCCACGCACGCGCCGCCACCUCCGCCCCCCACCGGCCAGCCGCCACCACCUUACUACCACCACAGGCCCGAUCAACCGCCACCGCCCCAUCCACCCCCGUCGUAUACGACUGCCCCUCCCCCGCCUCCGUACCACCACCCCCCGCCGCCACCCACCUCGAUGCCUCCCUACACGGGGGCGGGGCCCGUGAUGUCGUACCCGCCCCCGCCCCCACCCGGCGGGUACCUGGCUCCACCUCCACCGAGGCAACAGAACCCGACGGGAGUGCCGUCGGUCAGGAUUACGCGCAUCACCAACUGAGCACCCAGAUUAGUGCCAAGUGUGGGUUGUGUGCCCCUCCCCAUUGCCCCCUCUUUUUUUUCUUUUUGGCUUCAAGACAAAGACAAUUCUUUGUUGCCUUGUAGUAGUCUUUUGAAACGGUACCCCAUUUUGGUGGCAUUGGCUUCUUCUUGAGUUGCCAUCCAUGGACUUUUGUUAACUUGCCUGGGUUCUACGAGACAAUCCAGUGAGAGAUCGCGCAGAAUCAAUACAGCAAGAGACGUCGCAUUCAGAAUGAUUUGGAACAAUUGGUCCUGAUGUAGCAGACACGGCAGAGGGUCUUGCUGGUGCACAGUUUCCAAGCGGUGUCGCUGCUAUACCUUGUGCAGUCUUUGUUUCGUUGUUUGGGUACAUGCAUAUCUCGGUUGAACGUUCUCUUGGAAUACAUGAACUGUCCGUGAUGCUCCCAUGUUUGUUCAACCAAAGACACUGGUCACAUUAUGCAACCUCUAAAGUAAACUCGAGCAGUGCAGACAAGAUCUAUAGUUGCGUCGUCAGUGGAAGUUAUUGCCGCUGCCCUAAUGGGCCAUUUUGGUUUCCCCUGGAAUUUCUAUAGAAGCACACUGCUCAGCCUUGCUCCCAGUACACUUUUGGUGUAUAGUGCAGGGUGUUUCACCAACAGUUGAGUCGCAUUGCACCGCAGCUCGUUGCUCAUGACAUCACCACAGCCCUUACGAUAGUACAGAAUGCGCGAAACGCUCACGUUCCUGUCGCGCAAAUGUGCUUUGAUUGUUGUCGCCCACGCCGUUAUGUUAGGCACAUGUUGGGCUGGGCAUUUGUAAAACUUUUGCAUUCGCAUCAGUGCCGUGCCAAGUGUACGAUACUUCGAGUGUGUUGCUUUUUGAUUCACACAUGCUAAACAAAGACUUUGAUUUCUGUGUCUUCUUUUACAACAGUGUUGCCAUGAGAAAAGCAGUUCAGCUUGAAAGGACGCUGGAUUUUUGGUUUUGGAUUUUAUUGCGAAGGAACUUGAACUGGCGUCGGGACUUUGGAAGUGAGAGAUUAUCCUGCCGUUCUUGGUUAAUUUUUCUAUGUUUGUGCUCACUACAGUGUGGAUGGGUCAUUUUGUUGAGCUUUGAAAAUAAAUGAAGCAAUGCA